AUGCCAAAAUCUCACGUAUGCGCUUUUUGCCGCCGAGCCUUUUCACGCUCCGAGCAUCGUAAACGCCACGAACGGUCUCAUCAAGGUGUCAAACCAUUCCAAUGUGCUGUUUGCAACCACGUGUUUGUACGGCGCGAUUUGCUCAAACGGCAUAUCAAAACAGUCCAUCGUGCUUGGUUACUUGAACAUGGUCAAGAUAAUUCGCAAUUGUUUAAACAAGAUUUAUUUGUAAACUCGCUGAUAAAGAUUGCAGCAAAUGCAGAACCGCCACCAUUAAAAGACGAAUGGCCUUCAAGCAAGUCGCCUUCAAGCAAGUCGCCUUCGGAAAUUGCUACUGCUAUGGCCGUGCCGCCAGCUUUAACACACCCGCCAUGUGAAAAUAAAAUUUCGGCGGCAAAACAAUCUACCUCGGCAAUAUCAAAACCCGUUUUAAAAGAAUCUCGGACUAAAGACCCACCUCCACCUAUACUGCCGAAUCUGUUACAAUUGAAAUUACCUGCAUCUCUAGUACAAAUAGAUAUCUCGCAUUUGCCCGAUCAAAACUCCACACUACAACGUGCUGUCGAUUAUCUUUCACAAAAUAACAUUCUCGUACACUCAAUCCAACAACCUUUAUCCAAUCUUACCCAUUGGAAAUUCAAUUCAAACCUGCUAAUUCUCUCCUUGCUCUCUCUUGGUUACUCCCUUUCAAACGAUUCGUCCAAUGCAGAUUUCAUUUGGUUCCACGCUUGGAAUAUCGUUUUGGAAAACUUUAAUAAAAAUAAUUUCUUCCAAGAUAUCUUCCUACCAGCAAAUAUCCUCAUCCAUACACUCCUCCAUCAUUCUCCUUGGUUAUUACAAUCCCAUUGCGAUCUACAAAUCAUUAAAGUCUACCAAAUCUUGCUGUGUAAGAUGACCACAAAAGUUUACAAAAUCUCCAAAAAACAUACCACCAUGGAAAUAUGGUACUUCUUCACCACCUAUUCAACCCUGCUCUAUCAAAAUACUGGUCCCAUCGAUAACACUGACGAUAUCCCCAAUCUGCUCUACAAUUGGUUUCUCAAUUACAAGUUAUUGAAAAACAACUAUUUGAAUGUGAAAAGCCAUCUCACUUUAUACCAAUGGUUGCAACUUCUCUCCGAUCCCUCUACAAUCACCCCGACCACAGUAAUCGACACUUCACUCCUAGAUAUCAUCAUCAACGCUUGUAAUUUGGAAUAUAAAUUAAAUUUAUCCAAAAUCUCUCCUCCUCCUCCAGCUUUGCCAAACUUGUUUUUUUUUCAAGAUUAUUCCCAAUUACAACUGUUCCUUCAAACAAUCGAAAAUCUAUACCAAUCCCCUUUGAUUUCCCCCACACCUUCUUCCCCACCAAUCCUUUCCCAUCUGCUCUGGUCUAUUUUCGUCAUUCAAAAUAUUGAUUCCUCCUACACUUCCUCCCUCUUGCACUCCCCUAACCCUUACCCAAGAGACACCCCUUACCCAUCCCAUAUCCUACGUAAUGAAUCCAUGGCAAAUUUGUCCACUCAUAUCUUAUCAACAAUGUACAACAACACUCCACUCUCACAAAGGGAUUUACUUUUCCUCAUAGACAUUCUAAUAUUCCAAACGAAUUAUUGGCUCCCACUAUCACAACUACCAACUUCUAAUGCCACACAAAUUCUUGGUUCUUAUUACACUUUACACCUUCCUUCAAUCUCCCCAUCUUCAAUCUUAUCUUUUCUUCAUUCCUCCAUCGAAUCUGUCGCAAUCAAUUAUAAACUCUCUCUUUCAAACCUUCAAAUAUAUACUCUCCUUCUUGAUUUUAACAAUGAAUUGUCUCAAAAAUUAUCAACAAAUCAUUUAUCUUCCCCACUGGUCGCAAGAAGAAGAAGAAGAAGAAGAAGUUCUGCCAUAGACCCUUUGAUUACCCCAAUUCAACAUGAUUCCACUUCUAAUGAACCCAUCAUCUUACCCCCACUCUUGGAUGAUCAACUCUCUCCAACUUCCUCAUCUUCUGUUCAAUUCAAUUACAUACCAACAAAUAAUAGGAAAAACUCUCUCACCAUCACAACGACAGAAUUACCAGAUACAAGAGACGUUAGAAGAAGGUCUUCUAUGGGAUUCCCCGGUGUAUCACCAAUAACAGCAUUACCUUUACAACGAUCUUCUUCUUUAAAUUUAACAAAUUCUACGGCAAAUAAUACAAAGAUAAGAUUGCCUUCUACUUCAGAACUAUUCAAUACCAUCAUCCAAUAG